GAAAGAGGUAACAAAAAAACAGGUCCACAGAAACAGAACAUGUUGUUUAUUGAUUUAACCAACGCGAACUGGUCCGAAAACAUUUGACUCUACAAAACCACCGAGUUAUACUUAUGUCUUCAUCGUCCUCACUUCAAACCCCUCAUCUUUCGGACAUUUAGGACGAGGAAGAGGUGGAGCCUUCGUCGCCUGCACUGCACAGCAGUUGAGAUCUUCAAGAAAAUCUUGAAAAAUAUGGUUCCUAUUAGGCUUGAUGCAGCUAAGCAACACUAUGCAACCAGUAGUCUUGUGAUUGGAUAUGCCCUUUGUUCGAGUUUGCUUGCGGUGAUUAAUAAGUUUGCUAUUACCAAAUUUAACUACCCGGGUCUUCUUACUGCGUUACAGUACCUUACUUCAGCUCUUGGUGUUUGGGUUUUGGGGAAGUUGGGGUUUUUGCAUCACGAUCCGUUUGUGCUUGACAUUGCUAAGAAAUUCUUGCCUGCUGCCGUUGUGUUUUAUCUGGCGAUUUUUACGAAUACGAAUUUGCUUCGUCAUGCCAAUGUCGAUACUUUUAUAGUGUUUAGAUCGUUGACUCCCCUUUUGGUUGCUGUUGCUGAUACUGCGUUUAGGAAACAGCCGUGUCCUUCGAAGCUUACUUUCUUGGCUUUGUUGACAAUAUUAGGUGGUGCUGUUGGGUAUGUUGCGACCGAUAAUGGUUUUACAUUAACUGCGUAUUCAUGGGCAUUUGCUUAUUUAGUUACCAUUACAACUGAGAUGGUUUACAUCAAGCAUAUGGUGACGAAUCUCGGGUUGAAUACUUGGGGUUUUGUAUACUACAAUAACCUGUUGUCGUUGAUGAUGGCUCCAUUGUUCUGGAUAGCUACAGGGGAGUAUGCUGAUGUCUUCACUGCUGUUGGAUCCAAUGAUGGGAACUUGUUUAAUGUUGUUGCAUUUUCCGCAGUAUCUUUGUCUUGUGUGUUUGGGCUGCUUAUCAGUUUCUUUGGAUUUGCUGCCAGAAAGGCUAUAUCUGCCACUGCAUUCACUGUGACUGGUGUGGUUAACAAGUUUCUCACAGUAGCUAUUAACGUGAUGAUUUGGGAUAAGCAUGCUACUCCAUUCGGUUUGGUUUGCCUUCUUGUCACGCUUGCAGGAGGUGUCCUGUACCAGCAGUCAGUUACUGGAGCUAGUAAUGUUCCAUCACAGCGUGAGUCCUCUGUGCCUAAUCAGAUAGAUGAUGAUAGUGACGACUAUGAAAAUGGGAAAGAAGGGAAGGGCAUAACUGGUAAAAUUUCUGGUGUAUGAGGUUUGUGCUUGUACCAAUGUACCAUUAAUGGAAGAUCUACUGCAUUGAAGGUUUUGCUUACUGUUUAGCCAAGUGGACAUCUAUCCAUUCAUUGGAAUUCAUGUGUAUUGCUUUUAAAAAUUUUGGCUUCUCAUUCUCACAUUAUAUUAGGUUCAUGCUAUCUUAGAUUAAUAGCUUGUAUACCUACUUGUGAAAGUUUCUUUCCAUUUGAACUAUCUCUUAUGGAAAAGAAGUUAUAAUUUAUUAUCUAAAUUGUAUCUUCUGUCA